AUGGCACCAAAUCCAAUCGCAAUGACCAACAUCAAAGCCUUGACAAAAGGUUUCGAAACCGGAAAAGAUCUCUUGAAAUCUAAUAAUUCUACUAGUUAUGCUGAUAAUGAUAACAACAAUAAGCUUAAUAUCAUCGUCAUGAGAGAUGAAAAUAAUAAUAAUAAUAAUCAAAUCGUCUCCACUCCUGAUCAUUCUACUAAUGUUAAUAAAAAUAAAAAUAUUGUCACCACUAAUGAAGAAAAUGACGAUUACAGUCAGACUAUUACUGCCACCAAUUUCAAAAAUAAUAGCAAUAAUAAUAUUAAUUAUAAUAAAAAUAUGAGUAAUAUUAUUACGACCAACAAUGAAGAAAACCAUGAUGAUAAUCAGUCCACCACCAUAGAUUCUAAUAAUAAUAAAAACAAUAAUACUGAUGGUUGUGAUCGUAACAACAAAGACAACAUUAUUGACGACCAACAAACUACCUCUAUCACUUCCACUGAUCCUGUUAUCACUUCAACUGAUCCUGUUAUCACUUCAAAUGGUUCGACCGAUGCUACUACUACUUCCGCUGAUUCUGUUAAUAAAUUGACGUUGCCAGAAUCAGUAGAAGAUGUUUUAAAUUCAAACAGAUACAUUGUUAAUAAACAUGGCUGGUGGCCAAUGUUUGGCGGUGAGCGUACUCUUAAAAGAAAGUAUGAUUCUUUCUCAUCACCGUCAUUUUCUUCAUUAGUGGUGACAAUAUUUUUAUUUUUAUUAACAUUAGUAGAAUGA